AAUCAAUGGUUGUGGUUGAGGACCAAUGAGUGCCGUAUAUACGCGUCAGGUGCCGGGCGGUAUGACACAUGACAUACGCACCUUCCACGGAGAAAGUCUUUUUUGGUAGAUACUAUUUUUUCUUUUGGUCACAGUCACUCGUCCUUAGAACACUGUAUUUUGCAAGUGGUGCCCACACAACAAAAGGUGUGCAAAAUAUCCAAUGCCGAGUGCCUUCCCAGGGGGUUUGUGUGACCGUUUAUCAUAGAACGAGGUUGUAAACCGAUAACUCUCAUAUAAUCCCGUGAGAUUUAAGUUAUGCUCUGGAUAAAAACAUCUACACUAAAUAAAGUAUGGGAGAUCAUCUUUAUUGCGUCUGAAGAGCUUAAAGAUCUUGGAUUGCGAGGCUGACUAGGCCUGUUGAGAAUCACCUGAUUUGAACUCUGCUACCACCUGGAGCACUUUAAACCCGGAAACAAGAUGGAUAUGGAGUCAGCUAAAGAGAAGAUGGAGAAUGCCAAAGAGACAAUGUCUGAGUUUCUAGGGACAGCUAAGAUGCGUAUUAAGAAUCCAGCUGCACAGCGUCGGUUUAUUCUAGUCAUCGUCUGUGUAGCCCUCCUCCUAGAUAACAUGCUCUACAUGGUUAUCGUACCAGUGAUACCAGACUACUUAAGAUCCAUCGGAGCAUGGGAUAAAAUCAUCGCUACAGCUCAACCCAUCUAUAGUAAUAUCAGUAAUACAACCAUUAACUCCACCGCUGAACCCAAUGUGAUUUACGAGAAUGAGGAUAUCUACGUUGGAUUACUGUUUGCCUCUAAGGCCUUGGUUCAACUCCUGAUAAACCCCUUCUCUGGUACUCUUAUUGAUAAGAUUGGCUAUGAUAUCCCAAUGGUGAUCGGACUAAGCAUCCUCUUCAUAGCAACCACCAUAUUUGCUUUUGGUACAUCCUAUGGCGUCUUGUUCAUGGCGAGGAGCAUGCAAGGUGUGGGGUCUGCAUUCGCUGAUACCUCUGGUCUUGCCAUGAUCGCCGACCGCUUCCAAGUCGAGAGUGAACGUACCCGAGCUCUGGGCAUUGCCCUGGCGUUCAUCUCAUUCGGCUGCCUCGUGGCACCUCCUUUUGGUGGGGUACUGUACGAAUUCGUCGGGAAGAAAAUGCCAUUUAUAUCUCUGGCCUUGAUUGCUGUUAUUGAUGGCCUACUUCUACUGUUCGUUAUUAAACCCUACAGUGAUCGUCGCUGGCAAAUGCCUAAAGGUACCCCCAUCUACAAGCUCAUCGUUGACCCAUACAUUGCUGUCGUAGCGGGCGCCCUCUCCAUGUCCAACGUCUCUUUGGCCUUCCUCGAGCCCACAAUAUCAAUAUGGAUGAAGGAUACCAUGCAGGCAGUCACCUGGCAGACUGGUAUCAUUUGGUUACCAGCUUUUAUUCCCCAUGUCUUCGGUGUCGUCAUGACUGUCAAACUUGCCUCCAGAUACCCGCACUACCAGUGGCUAUAUGCCGCUAUUGGACUCGUUGUCAUCGGUCUUUGUACAUUUAUAGUCCCCGCUUGUGAGACAUUUGGUGUUCUGAUCAUUCCCCUGUGCGGUAUUUGCUAUGGAGUAGCUCUCGUAGAUACCUCAUUACUACCAACUCUAGGCUUCCUUGUGGAUGUACGCUACGUAUCAGUGUAUGGUAGCGUAUACGCCAUUGCUGAUAUAUCCUAUUGCCUAGCCUAUGCCAUCGGUCCAAUCCUAGCCGGUCAGAUUGUUCAAAGUCUCGGCUUCACCAAUCUCAACGUCUUUAUAGGAGUUCUUAACAUCGCGUACGCACCUGUCUUGAUUGUUCUACGGAAAGUCUACGACCUGAAACCGAUGCAGUUUGAAGAUACUGUGCUACUGACGGACGAGCCGGCUACUGGGCUCUACGACACGGUCAAGGCAGAGGCGAAGAGAGAAGCGAAAGAAGGGGAUAAGUUCUAUGUCAACCAUAACGCAUUCAGGAUGCAUAAAGUCAACGGCAAUGUACCGAAUGGUAAUGUUGUAGAUAGUGAUGAUGCUAGUUCUACGGACAGUAGGCAUUUGACUACGGGAAGACCGAGUAAUGUUAUCAACAGGACUGAGGAUAAUGUACGAAGUGCUAUAGCUCAUCAACAUGGUUACGGAGCUUUCACUGAUCAUGAUGAUUGAAGAAAUAAACAAUCCUAAACUUAACAUUGAUAAUAAUAAUAAUUAUACAAAUAAUAAGCCAUCUUGAGGUAUGGUGGACACAAUACUAUGACACUAAUAUGUUUGGUUAAAUCUGAUCAUAUCCACCCAAACCAAACAUUGUACUCCAAAAGGCAAAUAUUAAGAACCCACUCGGCGGCAGUGCAGUAAAUAACGAGAAGUCCCAGCGAUCCACUAAAGCUAAAGUAGUAGUCCCGGCUGAUAUCCUACCUUCUACCCAGGUAGUAGUUAUUAAACAGGAUGGUUCAGACAUCUAUUCCAUGGCAGUAUAACAAAAGGCAAAACCUAGUUCCCAAAGAACCAAAAUCUACACAGCAAGGCAGAUGUUUUGGUGUUUACCGUAAACGAAUACAUAAAAACAAAUCCGAAAGAUCCUUUUAUGGCACCAGAUAAGCCAUUAAUAUUCUUUACUAAGGAAGAAGUAUACUGUCAAAAUGAUAUGGUUAAUUUCAAUAUCAACUUCUGGAAGCCCUUUUCAAACGAAUAAAUCAGAGAGCAUUUUUUCCUGAUCAGACGUAUUGAUCUGACUGUCAACUCAACAACCAGACACUUUACAAUAAUAACACGUGUGUCUGACCUCCAGCGAGUUGCAUGUAGACAUUUUUACGUUUUGAAUAGAAAACCAUCAAUAAUUGUUAUUAAGAAACUUUCUUGUUGUACUUUAAUUAAAUUUGUAAACUCGAUUAUUGUCAUAAAGCUAAAUUGUUAGUUUGCGUCGUGCUUUGUGGGACGAUUCACCGUAUUUAUCGCCUAGUGUAGCUUGGUCCAGAGAUUUACAAGCAUUGACCUUGUCUUAGUCAGUUACAAUAGUUUCUGCAUGAAACCACAAAUGAAAAAGAUAAACUAAAGAUGGGAAGAGAGUUAAUGUUGGCAAAAAAAAAAAAGCUAAAGGAAAUGUAAUUAAUUUGCCUUAACAUGAUUCUUGCGAUCCGCCAACCUAAAUACAACACCAUGAACAGUCCGUAUAUACAAUGACGUCAUCAGUUUAUCAGAUGACGUCAUGAGCGUUUUGAUGUGUAGUUAAUAGUCGAAUUAUUUUCUUUGUCAUUAGAAACUCAAUUAAAUUUAUCGUCCCAUUUUUAUCAAGACAACAGAAAACUAAAUAGACAAACCAUAAUAAGAAUGGCAAUUACAAAAUGCUAAACAUAUAAAAUGCAUUUCGAUCUGUUGUCCUUAAAAAAGAUGAAAUGCAAGACAAGUUGAAAUGCCACACAGUGAAGUAUAGACGGGCUCUAAAGUUGAGCCAAUUAGUUUUUAGUCCCUAGAGACACACGGAAUAAGAGCACACCCGAGGGGCUCAUAAUACCGUGUAUUACAAAAAGACAUCGUCAACCAACAUGCUGACAUAUUGUAACUACCCAUAGGCUAUAUGUACAUGAUUCUCUAUCUACUUAGAUCUAAGCCGAUGCUAACUAAAUAGGUUUGAUCCAUUCGCUGCUUUUGAAAGUACUGUUGGUUCUUUCUUCAAAGUGCAUGCUUUGAAAUUCGAGAACUGACAAAUGUUUUGUAUAAAGAAUUGUGUUCUAUAAGAUGGUAUAUAUUAUUUAGUUUAGACCACUACCCGUCUUUCCAAACUGGCAAUAACAAAUGUAGAAAUCGUAAAGACGUUCAGUAUUGUAAAAAUCAUUAUUGCGCAUUGUGUUUAACAACAAAUUAUAUAAUUAGGUAAAAAAUUUCAAGAGUUCUGGUAUAUUAUUGUUCAUAUUUGUAAAGGUUUGGAAAGGAUUAUAAAACAAAUAUAUCAAUGUAAAUUUUAUUUAAAUCAUGUAUAUAGAAAAUGAUAUAAAGAGUUUAACGUGGUAUUCACACCAAUAAAAACUCCUGUGUAUUUGGACUCUUAUUCUGCAUCAGUUUGACAAAGUUUCGGGUCAGUUGGACACCGAUUCUAGGUAAACUAACCAGAAAUAGGUCAAGCCGGAACCAGGGUCAGUUCUAAGCUGAUAUGUAUUAGGGUGUAAGGUACUAACAACAUGCUUGUCAACAAGAUUUAAAUUAAUUUGUCCUUUUUUUCAUGAAUAACAUGAACUGAUACAUUUUAUGAUACAAUAAUAACAUUUUGUUUGAAAUAAAUCUAUAACUUAAUCAAUCAAAUUUUAUGGAUUGAGACACUUUUAUUUAUCAACAUUUGCUGAAAUUAUUAAGCGAGGUUGUCCAAGUAUGGUAACCGUAUUGACCAACGUGAAUUACCUGUAUUAAACUGCGUUUAAGGCAGGGAACUAGACACACAAUGGUUAGAACAAGGCCAAUUGGGUGGAAGUUGAAGGUGAUAAAGUUAACAAUUUUCUGCAAAAACAGUACCAAUGAUUUUAGUGUAGUAUUUUAGUUAAACAAUGUUUAUCAGUGUGUCAUAUGGACAAUAAAUUAUUUAAAAUGAGUUGGAUUCAAAUAAAUCUUAGUUUUUGCGUGGAUAAAUUA